ACAUGGAACUUCGGUGUUUCCCCGGAUCUGAUGAAGCGAACUCUCGUCACCCUCGCGGGAUCAAUAUCUGAACCCUUUAAAUUUGUGCAAUUAAACCAAGCUCGGCGUUCUCCCUAUGUGUCACGGUUGUUGUGAUGAUGACUACGAAUUUAACUCGGACACUGAUUGUACGGACCCCAAUUUAACGGACCUGGACACGGACUCCCUGGAAGAAAGUAGUAGCCAGUGUAGCGAAUACAGCAGGCUGAACGAGGCGUUCAGUGAAGAUAGUGCAGAAUACGACGAAGAGACACGUGAGGAACAACCCGCGAAAAAACGUGCCAGGGCAGACCAAGGAGCCGGGACAGCAUCGGCAGCAAAACGCCUUGGCAGAAGGAAAAAAACUCCCAGUGUCAUUGUCACAAUGCCAAUUGAUAUUCUUCUCGAGAUCUUUAGCCUCUUGCUACCAGUAGACCUCUUAUACCUCUCACGCACCAACACAGCUUUCCGCGAGGUUCUUUUAUCUAACAAUGUAGUCUCAGUCUGGAAAGCUGCCCGCAUCAAUGGCGGUGUUCCUGACUGCAUGCCUGGCAUGUCUGAGGUCAAAUGGGCUAACCUGUUAUUUGGUGGUUAUCAGUGUCAUGAGUGUGACGCGAAGGGAUUCCAUCGAAUGUACUUGGGUAUCAAGCGCAGGCUGUGUCACUCAUGCGUCAAUCAGAACCUAGUCUCCAGCAUGUCAUCAUACUUUGACUCCUUCGAUCCGGACAUUAUGGGUUUGGUCCCAUUCACUUACCUUGAUGGACAGGGUUAUCAUCUCGACGAUGACAGGCUUUUUUGGUCACAUGAUCUACAGGAAAUGGCAGAGCAGCUGAAGGUGUACCAGAAGGAUGUGCACAUGUUCAAACCAGGUGCGGAGCAAGCAUUAGAAGACUUCAAGCAAUCGCGCAAGAAAUACGUUGAUUCUGUUGUCAACCAUGCAGCGAUCUGUGACGAUUGGGCUGACAAGGACCGUGAACGUCAACGCUCACGUGUCCACGGGUUUCGCGACUACAUUAAAGAGUUGAUUGAAGAUAGACUAGUCGUUCUCGGCUACAGUGUUGAGGAUGUGGAGCGCAUGUUUAUCCGUCAUCACUAUGGUGUGCUAGACAAGGAACUUACCGAUACACGCUGGAAGCGCUUGCUCCCAAAGAUCGAGCGUAAGCUUUCCGAAUUGAAGGAAGAAUGGGUCCUUGAGGACCAAAGAACGUUCUCGGCUCUCAAGAGGCGUUGCCUUUUGGAAAUGUACGAGAAAUACGUGCGGCCGUUGCCACCGGCCAUCAUACCUCCUCGCGAAGACUUCUUGAAGCUCUCUGAUAUUGCAGAAUUUAUCAACAGCCCACCCAGUGGGGACCGGGGAAGCGAUGUUCAACCUUUCGCGGACAGAAUUCCCAGGUUGUGUGCUGAAUAUAUGCAUUCAAGGAAGCUAGCGCUGACGCAACUACUUGCCCUCUCCACUGAUGUAUUGCAAGAUGCCACGACACUACAAAGCCAAGGAGUUGACGCCCCUAAUGAUGUAUUGGUGCAGCUGGCCACCUCUGUUUUCCAAUGUACUCACUCGCGCCCCUUCCCAUUGAUUACAUGGGACAAAGUGCAGUAUCACCAAUGCAUAGCCCGAGGUUACGCGACAUCGGGUUGCACAUUUUCGAUCUCUCAGCCUGGGGUUGCCGCUGUACGUUCUUUGUUAGGCUUGGUUGGCCUCGAUGCCCGGGCUACGACUGCAACCACAAUGGAUCGCCUUCAUUGUCGCUUUUUCUGCUCCAACUGUCCACCCAAGUCAGAGGGUGGAGGGUCCUACCGGAUGGUGAUGAACUGGCGUCAGAGCGUCUUCCAUUAUGUUGAGCAACAAGAUCCAGCGCACGCAGAGCCUCGUUGGGAGUUCUUGAGUGCGGCACAACUUCAAGUUCUCCAAAGUUUGUGUACGCCCGAAUAUCCCGGAGCUGCUGAGCGAGCGUGGCGCUGUAACAAGUGCAAGUUAUACCACGGGUCCCCGGAUGAUAAGGCUACCGUGAUUAAACAUGUGCAAAGGUAUGUCAUCACCUUUUUGUGUCACCUUAGCUAUACUGACAUCCCUAGUGUGCAUGGAAUCACCGCUCCGACUGAAGGAGUUGAUUUUAGCUAUGACCAGGGCAUGUACGAGAAGCCGCCUCCAACAACCAAGUUCUUCGUUAUCCCUCCCUCAAAUUCAGGCAGUUAUCACUGUCAACACUGCAAUAACUCAAAGCGAACUUUCAUUUUGGAGGGCGUCAAGUCGCAUAUCAAAGCCAAGCACAGCAUCGGUUCUCCAAAGGAAGGGACAGACUUUUGUAAAACUUAAUUCCUUCUCGCACUUUAGUUCUUCGUGGCUUCCUCUUCAUCUUUCGCACUAUAUGACCUUUAGCUCUAGCGGCCACGUAUGCCGUCUGCUAUCUCUAGCCUUAAUGCCUAAGUAUAUACCUCGGUUGAUCUACAGUACUUUCAAAAUGCAUGCAUCUGUGAUUGGACAUCCCAGGCCCUCGGAUAUGAUAUCUGACCACACUCAUCAUUUCCAUAGGUCUUGUAAUAUUAAGUCUUCGGAAUGUGUGACUAGGAGUUGUUCAAGAUUUU